AUGUUUGGAGCACAGGAGACUCGCAUAGCUGAAAUUUAUAACCAGAACAUGUUUAUAUAUGACAGUAACGAGUCCUUUGGAGACAGACUGCAGAUGGACAAUCAAACUGGAUCUCUGACCAUCAGAAACAUCAGAACUGAACACACUGGACUUUAUAAACUACUGAUCAUCAGCAACAUCAUCAGAGGGAAUUCAUGCAAGAGAUUCAGUGUCAGUGUCUACGCACAUCUGCCUGUUCCUGUCAUCACUACAAAUUCUUCACAAUGUUCUUCAUCAUCAGGAUCAUCAGGUCAGAAUUGUUCACUGCUGUGUUCAGUGGUGAAUGUGAGUGAUGUGACUCUCUCCUGGUACAAAGGAAACAGUUUAUUGUCCAGCAUCAGUGUGUCUGAUCUCAGCAUCAGUCUCUCUCUACCUCUGGAGGUGGAAUAUCAGGAUAAAAACACCUACAGCUGUGUGCUCAACAAUCCCAUCAGCAACCAGACCAAACAUCUGGACAUCAAUUAA